UAAAAUCUUUUUUGAGAAUUUUUAACUUAAUGUUCAAAUAAAGUGUUCAAUCACAAUUAAAAAAGUAUUCGAAAAUGUCUCAGGUUGAAACAUCCCAACCACGUCCAGCUGUACUCGAUGUUCGCCGCACCAACGAACCCACACCUCAGCUAUUCCAUCCAGCGCUGGAACCACUUCUGCACUCCAGAACGAUCCGCUACCAGGAGCGAGUUUCCUGCAACUGCUGCGCCUGGCCAGUCUACGAAAUCCUCAACGACCAGGAUCAACUGCUGUACGAAAUCACCGAACUCGACGGGUGCUUCAUGAGCCAGGAAGCUGCGGUGGCCACCGAUCGGCACGGAACCCAAGUGUUGCACUUCCAGCGGAAACGCCACUGGGACGGGUGCUGUUUUGCGCCGUGCAAAAGCAUUGCCGUCACCGAUUCCGGUGGGGAACUGUUCGGAACCGUCAAGCAUCCGCAGUCCUGGCGGGGGAUCUUCCACGUGCUCGAUCCGGCAGGAAGUGAGAUUAUGAGAAUCGCGAAUCAGCGAAGAAGUGAUUCACGAGGUGCGCAGACUUUUCUGAUUUCUGCCCUCAAUGGGGAGGUGAUUGGGAGAAUUGUGAGGGAAGGAUCGAGAUUUUGCAGCUACAAGCUAGACUUUCCGGAUGGACUGCAUUUGGGUGCGAAGGCGACGCUACUGGCGGUUAUUAAGUUUAUAGUUAUGAAAAUGAAAGGUGCACCUUCGCCAGGAUGAAACUUAAUGGAAGCACAGGAUAUUAUUGACCAUGUAUUAGAAAACGACGAGUUUUUUUUUUUCUGAAAAUAUAACUUAUUUUUGUAUUAAAACCUAUUUUUCUCUUAAGGAGUUACAUAGGGGCAGAAUGGGCCAUCCUUGGUUUUGGGCUUUAGAAUGGAUUUAAUGUUUUAAACCAACUGUAAGGCAAGGGUCUU